AUGGCCGCCGAUGAUAAACAAAUUAUUUUGGACACCAAAGUACUGUCUCUCGGAAAGAGCGAACUGAUCGAAUUUGCCUUGUCGUUGAAGAUUGAUAAAUCAAAGGUAGAAGGAAAGAGUAAGAUACAAAUAAUUAAAGAGAUUCGUAAUGCACUUGAAGUAACCUUAAGUACUUUUACCGAGGAAGGCGAUAAAGUCAACUAUUUAGAUGGGUUAAUUUCUCACUUAAAUCCCGAGACAAGCGAAACUGGGGCCAAAAUAUCGGAAGAACAAACUGAGAUACAAAAUCUCGAGAAGGAAUUGUCGGAACUCGAAAUAAAACGAAAGGCGAUUGAAGAUAAACUGUCGCAUAUGAAGAAAUCUAAAAUUUCUGAAAAUGAAAGUGGAAGUACCACUAAGAUUUCUGCUGAAUCAGCAAAAUCACCUUUGUUUGGGUUGAGUUCUACGAUUCUCCAUCGAGACUUCAAAAUCCAAGGUAUUAUUGGGCAACCCUCCCAAAAAGAUAAGUUGGGCUACCAAGCUUUGAUGUCUCAGAUAGAGACGGGUAAAGAUAAAGGCUAUUCAGACAAAGAAAUUAUGACCGCUGUUAUUCGGGCUGUGCAACUGGGGAUGCAACUUAGAAGUUAUCUUGAAAGUGUGAGUGGGUUGACCCUACCUAAAAUGCGCAAAAUAUUAAGGUUCCAUUUUCAUGAGAAAAAUGCGACUGAACUUUAUCAAGCACUGACAAACAUGACACAACAACCAAAUGAAGACCCACAAGCAUUUCUUAUGCGUGCACUUACUAUCAGACAAAAGAUAAUUUAUGCUUCAAAGGAAAGUGACAGUGCUAUUAAGUAUGACGGCGCAUCUGUGCAAAGCCUAUUCCUACACGCUCUUGAGACUGGGUUAAAGGAUGAAACUAUACAUGCCAAAAUACGCCCAUUGACCGACAAUGCUAAUGUGUCAGAUGAGCAACUCAUCGAAGCUGUGUUUAUGGCUGUUUCUGCAUCUUAG